CCGCCCGCUCUCUGCCCCCGGUGAUCGAGGGCCGGGGGCGGCCGCCGGCGAGAGGGAGGCGUCGCCGCGGCCCUGCCCUCUGACCCCCGUCCUGUGGGCCCUCCCGGGCUGUCGCGUGUUCCUGGAGGUAGUGGUUCUCAGCCCUGCUUUGAACGUGUGUCUACGCUCAGAUUUGGGAGACGUGGCCCCAGAAUUAAAAGCAUCCGAGGGACGAACAGCUGUGGCCAUUGCAGAUUUGGAAUGGAGAGAAAUGGAAGGAGAUGAUUGCGAGUUUCAUUAUGGAGACGGUACAAAUGAGGCUCAGGACAGUGACUUUCCAACAGUGGAGAGGAGCAGACUGCAGGAAAUGCUGGCACUGCUGGGACUAGAGACGUACCAGGGGCAGAAACUCAGCCUCCAGGACUCCUUGCAGAUCAGCAGUGACAGCAUGAAGAACUGGGCCCCUCAGGCCCCCAAAGACCUGCCCUGGAGCUUCCUCAGGAAGCUGCAGGCCCUCAACGCCGAGGCCAGGAGCACCACCAUGGUGCUGGACAUGCCCCCGGACACCAGGCCUGCGGAGAAGGAGAGCCAGAUGGAGGAGGAGAUCGUGUACUGGGACACGGCUGACGACAUCUCUGCCGACAUCUACUCCUUCUCCGAGCUGCCCACGCCAGACACGCCCGUGAACCCCUUGGACCUCCUCUGCGCCCUUCUGCAUUCCUCCGACAGCUUCCUGCAGCAAGAGAUCGUGUUAAAAAUGGCCCUCUGCCAGUUUGCACUCCCGCUGGUGUUGCCCGACUCGGAAAACCACGACCACGUGUUUCUGCUGUGGGCCCUGCGGGGCACGGUGCGGACUUGCUGGCCGCAGCCCCCCAGGGCGGCGGGCAGCUUCCGAGAGGACAGCGUGGUCCUGGCCCGGGCGCCGGCCUUCGCCUUCGUGCGCAUGGAGGUGAGCACCAACUCCAAGUCGCAGCUGCUCAACGCCGUGCUGAGCCCCGGCCACCGGCAGCGGGACUGCUUCUGGCACCGGGAUCUGAACUUGGGCACCAACCCCCGGGAGAUUGCAGACGGGCUGGUGGAAAUUUCCUGGUUUCUCCCCAGCGGCAGGGAGGACGUGGACAUCUUCCCGGAGCCGGUGGCCUUUCUGAACCUGCGAGGGGACAUUGGGUCUCACUGGCUGCAGUUCAAGCUCCUGACGGAGAUCUCCUCGGCCGUGUUCAUCCUGACGGACAACAUCAGCAAGAAGGAGUACAAGCUGCUGUCCUCCGUCAAGGGCUCGGCCACGAAAUACUACUUCAUCCUGAGCCCCUACCGGGGCAAGCGGAACACGAACCUGCGCUUUCUGAACAGGCUGAUUCCCGUGCUGAGGAUGGACCACUCGCACGUGCUGGUCAAGGUCAGCAGCACGGACGGCGCGGGCUUCGUGCGCAGGGUGCGCGCCAUCGUGGCACACGUGACGCGGUCGCCCUGCCGGAGGCUGUCGGUGGAGGACAUGGCGGGCGCGGCCCGCAAGCUGGGGCUGCGGGUGGACGAGGACUGCGAGGAGUGUCAGCGCGCAAAGGACCGCAUGGAGCGGAUCACCCGGAAGAUCAAAGACGCCGACGCCUACCGGAGGGACGAGCUGAGGCUGCAGGGGGACCCGUGGCGGAAGGCAGCCCAGGUGGAGAGGGAGCUGUGCCAGGUCCAGUGGGCGGGGGAGCCCCCCGAGAAGUACCGGGCGGAGCUGCGGCAUCGGUUACUGGAGCUGCGGAUGCAGCAGAACGGCCACGCGCCCCCCUGGGGCUUGCAGGAGUUCGUCUGGGGCAUCAGCAGCCCCUCCGCGGGUGAGAGGCAGUACUUCCUGAGGUGGAUGGAGUGGGGGCUGGCCCGGCUGGCCCCGCCGAGGCCGAGGCCGGCCCCGGAGGCGAUUCUCGCCCUGAGGCCCAAGCACUGCGGGGCCGCGGACCUCAGCGAGCCGCCGUGGCCCGAGCCCCUGGGGGUGGAGCACUUCCUGCGCGAGAUGGGCCAGUUCUACGAGGCCGAGAGCUGCCUCGUGGAGGCGGGGAAGCUGCCCGCCGGGCAGAGGCGCUUUGCGCACUUCCCGGGCUUGGCCUUGGAGCUGCUGCUCCGGGGGCUCCCCCUGGAGCUGGUCGACGGGAGCACCCUGAGCACCCCGCUGCGCUGGGUCACAGGCCUCCUGCGGGAGCUGCACGGCCGCCUGGACCGGAGGUCGCGGCUGGUGGUGCUGUCGGCGCUCGGCGUGCCGGGCACGGGCAAGUCCACGCUGCUCAACACCAUGUUUGGGCUGCGCUUUGCCACGGGAAGGGGCUGCGGCCCUCGGGGGGCCUUCAUGCAGCUGAUCACGGUGGCCGAGAGCUUCAGCCAGGACCUGGGCUGCGACCACAUCCUGGUGAUAGACUCCGGGGGCGUGGUCGGCGGGGUCCUGAGCGAGGCAGGGGACAGGCUCGAGCGCGAGGCCUCCCUGGCCACGCUGAUCAUGGGGCUGAGCAAUGUCACCGUGGUCAGCUUGGCGGAAACCAGGGACAUCCCGCCGGCUAUCCUGCACGCGUUUCUGAGGCUGGAGAAGACGGGGCACAUGCCCAACUGUCAAUUUGUGUACCAGAACCUUCGCGAUGUGUCCGCCCCCGGCUCCAAGCCGAGAGAGAGGCGGCAGCUCCUGGAUCAGCCCGGCGACGUGAGCAGGGCCGCGGCGCAGAUGGAGAAGCAGGGCGACGGGCUCCGGACGCUGGCCGACCUGACCUUUUGUGACCCUGAGAAGCAGCAUAUUUGGCACAUUCCUGGCCUGUGGCACGGGGUGCCUCCCAUGGCCGCUGUGAGCUCGGGGUACAGCGAAGCCAUUUUUGAGUUGAAGAGGUGCUUGCUGGAAAACAUCAGGAAUGGCCUCUCCAACCAGAACAAGGACAUUCAGCAGCUCCUCGAGCUGGUAAGGCGGCUGUGAGUCGUCGGGAGAAGGCCAGCUGCCAGAGGCCCGCGGUGAGCGGCCUGUCCUGAUGGGAGCGCAUCCUCGUGGGGCGGUGCCCGGCCCCCGGGAGGGAAGACAAGUGGGAGGCGGGCGCGUCUGGAGUUGCCCAAACAGUGUUAGGAAAGGAAGUCACCUCACAGAGCAGCUUGGAGAUGCUCUCGGGAGCGUAACAACCCUGGGGCAGGAGGUGUAGACACAAGCAGUAACUUGCUCUUUGUCUCUGAACUCCUCUCGAGGCCAAAGCAUUUUGCAUAACUGCUCUCUGUCGUUUGCAUCUGGGGAGGAGAGUGGCUCCUGGCCACCGCAGCCCGGGCAGAUGGCACCCAGGAUAGGGCCGGGAAGGUGCCCUGAGGAAGCAGAGCAAGGUAGGCGUUCCCUCCAGGGAGCCUGCCCGUUGAGUGAGUGCCCGUGGUGUGCGAGGGCUCCCAUGGCACCCUGUUUAUGGACUGAGCCCGCCCCGGGGAAGAGGCCCCAUUGGCUCUGUCGCACGCCCAGCACUUUGUUUAAACCCCUGCCACAACACUCAGCACGCGCGUCGUGACUUCCCCGUGCACGCGUCUGCCUCUCCCCUAGACCUGUGAGCUCCUUGAGAUCAGGGGCCUUACAUCACCCAACUCUGUACCCCCGGGGCCGGGCACACUGUAGGCACUCAAUAAAUGUGUGUUGAAUGAAUUCAAGUAGUGAGUGCACAAAUGACGGUAACGAGCAGGGUCCUCUCUGGGCCUUAAUUUUGCUGUUUCCUCAAAGAGGACCCCAGCAUCUGUCUGAGGACCAUGCAUUCUAGAACAUCUGGAAUAAUGGGCACCUGAGACAGGUGUCUUGGAAAAGGCCACCGCGUCCUUGCUCUGUAGGCACAGAUCCAUUCUUCAGGCCAUUAUUGGAAAGCUGAACUAAAUGCCUCCAUAAGAGACAUUUCCAGAACAGCUCUGUUGUGAACCCAUUUUACAGAUGAGGAAAGUAAGCGGCUUGCCCUGCCCACACGCCUGCAUCGGCAGAGAAUGGAUGAGGUACCGGAUGGCUCAGCCCUGUGCCUCUGCUUCCUGGUCACUCACACCUCCCAGGCUCACCCCCAGCCUGGCCCCUCGCUGCCAGCCUUUCAUCCCGCUUCCCUGCCUCUGGGACCAGACCUCCUCCUUGACAUCAUCCGUGGCCCCCUUGCCACCACUGGGCCAGAACAUGGGGCUCCUCCUCUUGUUGAUUCUCUAGCUGGAAUCCUUGUCUGUGGGUCACCUCUCUGAGCCCCGGGCCCCAAGCCCAGCUGGGUCAUUAUUCCUGGGAAUCCCUGCUCGGUCUUAGGGCCUCCUUCCCUGUGUAUUUUACGAGUUCAGGGAAACUACGGCCCCAGGUGGCGACCAGGAGCUUCUCUGUCCCUUGUGCUCCUGCCAGACGGCAGGGGAGCUCUCCUGACUGGAGCCCUUUCUUGAAUGGCAGGCUCCCCAGCCCCUUCUCUGGAGCCUCAGGGCGCUCCACCUGCCCCUCAUCUGAUGCUCACAGUGUUGCCCUAGGUCCUGGGAGCCUGGUUCUGGACCCGUGAAAUGGAUGCUGAAAGGAAACCUGCUCUUUUGUUCAUCAAUGUAGGAAAAAGCUUUUCACUUCUGAGACGCAAAAAGAACUUCUAAUCCUCAGGCACUUAGAAAUUCAUUUCUUCCCAGGUCAUUAAAUAAUGCAAAUAUUUAAGAUUUUGGUUCACCUGGAAAUACCGAAGCCUCUCCUUUACCUUUUUUUCCCCCUGAACCAUAGAAACUACCCAGUUGCUUCUCUAGCACUGAAGGAAUUUCACCCAGGAGAUUCCUGGACCCCAAGUUCAGGCAUUGGAAAUCUCUUUCAGAAUUGUCGAAUAGCAGCCACUUCCUUUAAAAACUGAUUCAAGCUCUUCCUGGAAUCGGAAACGGGGAAGCCAAUUUUAGUGGCUCCCUGCUAACCAAGGAUUCUUCACUUUGAGCCUAUCCAUUGUCCGUAGAUAAGGUUCUGUUACUGAAUUACUGACAAUUAAGUGUGUGCUUUUUUUUUUUUUUUUUUUUUUUUUGCAACGGAGAAGGGAGGAAGCAUUCAUAGCUUUCAGCAAAACUUUCAGAAGGAUUUCGGCAGGACCUAAAAGAGAUUAAUACCUGCUCAGUAAUCAGGAACGCUACCCCGUACAUCCCCGGGACCUAAGAAACCAUGCAGUCACCUCAAACAUUUGCCCGAUGUUUUUAACCAUUAGUAAACAAUGUAAAGAGAAACGUCACAGACCUUGAGCAAGAGGGUGCCCCGAGGAGCCCCGGGGAGGGCCGCCUUGGAGAACUCACAGUCACGCAACGGAGGGAUUCUGGACCUCCCUGGGCAGUGUCGACAGACCGCUGCCUCUCUCAGAUGCAGGACCAGGAGAAGCUGUCCUGGAGCUGCGGGCUUUUUCCAACAAGAGGCAUUUAUGGCACUUUGGAGGGGUUGGUGUGAAAUGCCAUGACCUGCAAAAAGGGGUUCACCUUCAGACCCUGCUCCCGUGAUUACAUUUCCACAGGACCCAAGACUUGUCUAGUGCCUCGGAGCGCAAAAUACUAAGCACCAGUCCACUCUGGUCGUUCCUGGGUUCGCCACAGCCAGAGGGCGACCCCUACGUCAGACCUGCAGGCAUCUCCAGGGUCUGAGAGGCCACAGAACUUGUCAUGGGGCGGCUGGGCAGUACGUGCUUGGAGCCAGGCAUGGUGAUGUGGGAGCCUCUCAGAGAUGGAGGGCUGUGUGGGCUGUUCGCAUGGCAUCAGCUACUCUGGUGAGAGUGGUGAACCGUGAAAGUGGUCUUGGGGUAAGCAGGCCUGGGAGUCUUUGGGCACAAGCGUGCCUGCCCCUGUCCCUGGGGAUGAGACGUACCUCCCUUAACACGCGGAACUUGCAGCCGGGUUCUGAACUCGGCCUUGCUUCCUGCUAACUAAUGGCCCUUUGAGCGAAGUCACUUAACUUCCCUAAGCCUUAGCCCCCCGGCUGGCACCUGCUCUGUGGUGAGUGUGCAAAAGCUGGUUCUGGAGGAGCCAGUCUGUGCACUGACAAGUAAGACUCCUGAAGCCGUGUCUGCACACCCACGAGGUUCGUGCAAAGGCAGUUGCCUGCCUUCUGCAUCAACAAACAUUUUAACAUGCUACACAGGAUUCAUCUUGUAAUCGAUGAGGAGUAUCUUCAAGUUAAUUUGCAGCCUUUCCUCAUUCUUCACGGCACAUAAAGCGCUGUCUUCUAGUCACCGUGUUAGAUUUACCGAAACACGUUACCUAGCAGGGCUGGUGUGGAGAAGUCUAUGCACUGAUGUAAACCUGAUCUGGGAGCUCUCCCCAGCUCCUCAGUUGUGAAUUAGCUCAGUAAAGAAAAACCCGUUCUCUUUUCUGAGUCAGCAAUAAAACGGUGAUUUUGGCUACAAA